GAUUGGCUGGCUGGGGCGCAGCUUGAUGGCGUCGGGCUGGCGAGCCGCUGUCCCGGCGGCGGCACCCGGGCGAAGGCCGCUUGUGUGAGGGGUCGGCUGGCGCAAGCGUGCGGUGGCCUCGAGGAGUGGGAAGCGAAGGGAGGAGCCCUCCCUCCACGUCGCCAUGAGCUUCCUGAUCGACUCCAGCAUCAUGGUUACCUCCCAGCAGAUGAUCUCGACUCUGACUUAAUCAACCAAAGUGAAGCCCAAAAAUACUUUUUUUUGGAUUUGGGUGGCUUUUCUUCAUGCGUCAAUUGUUUAAGGACUAUGAGGUGCGUCAGUAUGUUGUGCAGGUGAUCUUCUCUGUGACUUUUGCAUUUUCUUGCACCAUGUUUGAGCUCAUCAUCUUUGAAAUCUUAGGAGUAUUGAAUAGCAGCUCCCGUUAUUUUCACUGGAAAAUUAACCUGUGUGUAAUUCUGCUGAUUCUGGUUUUCAUGGUGCCUUUUUACAUUGGCUACUUUAUAGUGAGCAACAUCCGACUAUUCAUGUCUCCUCUAUCUUAGUGCAUAAACAACGACUGCUUUUUUCCUGUCUCUUAUGGUUGACCUUUAUGUAUUUCUUCUGGAAAUUAGGAGAUCCAUUUCCCAUUCUCAGCCCAAAACAUGGAAUCUUAUCCAUAGAACAGCUCAUCAGUCGGGUCGGUGUGAUUGGUGUGACUCUCAUGGCCCUCCUUUCUGGAUUUGGUGCUGUCAACUGCCCAUACACCUACAUGUCCUACUUCCUCAGGAAUGUGACUGACACUGAUAUUCUAGCCCUGGAACGGCGACUGCUCCAAACAAUGGAUAUGAUCAUAAGUAAAAAGAAAAGGAUGGCAAUGGCACGGAGAACUAUGUUCCAGAAAGGGGAGGUGCAUAAUAAACCAUCAGGAUUCUGGGGAAUGAUAAGAAGUGUUACCACCUCAGCUCCAGGAAGUGAAAAUCUUACUCUUAUUCAACAAGAAGUGGAUGCUUUGGAAGAACUAAGCAGGCAGCUUUUUCUGGAAACAGCUGAUCUAUAUGCUACCAAGGAGAGAAUAGAAUACUCCAAAACUUUCAAGGGGAAAUAUUUUAAUUUCCUGGGUUAUUUUUUCUCUAUUUACUGUGUUUGGAAAAUUUUCAUGGCAACCAUCAAUAUCGUUUUUGAUCGAGUUGGGAAAACUGAUCCUGUUACAAGAGGCAUUGAGAUCACUGUGAAUUAUCUUGGAAUCCAAUUUGAUGUGAAGUUUUGGUCCCAACACAUUUCCUUCAUUCUUGUUGGAAUAAUCAUCGUGACAUCCAUCAGAGGAUUGCUAAUCACUCUUACCAAGUUCUUUUAUGCCAUCUCCAGCAGUAAGUCCUCCAAUGUCAUUGUCCUGCUAUUAGCACAGAUAAUGGGCAUGUACUUUGUCUCCUCUGUGCUUCUGAUCCGAAUGAGUAUGCCUCUAGAAUACCGCACCAUAAUCACUGAAGUCCUUGGAGAACUGCAGUUCAACUUCUAUCACCGUUGGUUUGAUGUGAUCUUCCUGGUCAGCGCUCUCUCCAGCAUACUAUUCCUUUAUUUGGCUCACAAACAGGCACCAGAGAAGCAUAUGGCACCUUGAACUCAGACCUGUUGCAGACUGUUAGAGGCCAGUGGUGUCAGAAUUUGGAUGUAAAAGGGAAAAAAAUGGAAGUGACCAGGGUCUGAUAUUUUUUAAACAAAAUGCUGUGGUAGCAUUUUUUACCUCCAGCACACUCCUUCCUCCUCAGAUGUGGUCAUGAGUAACACCAGCUAGAACACAAGGGGGAGGAGUAUCUCAAGGCAGAUGCUCUCAGCAGAGUGGUGCAAAUGCAAGAGGUAGAGGAGAAUGUGGAGAAACAGCCAAGAAAUUAGAGGGAAAAAAUACACUGGAACUCUGAGACAAGAGAUGUCUGUGGAAGCUGGGCCAGACACAUAGGACUUCUGUUUUAAGGUUCACACAGAGAAGGUUAUGGCUUGCUCUUGAAAUUGAUCAUCAUUAAAAUCAAAGAUUUUGACA